AUGGGAAGCAACCAGACAUGGGUCACAGAAGUCACCUUGCUGGGAUUCCAGGUUUAUCCAGCACUGGAGUUUUUUCUCUUUGGACUUUUCUGUCUCUUCUAUACCCUCACUCUUCUGGGGAAUGGGGUCAUCUUAGGGCUUAUCUGCUUAGACUCUAGACUGCACACCCCCAUGUACUUCUUCCUCUCCCAUCUGGCCAUCAUUGAUAUGUCCUAUGCUUCCAACAAUGUACCCAAGAUGCUGGCAAAUCUUUUGACUCAGAGAAGAACCAUAUCCUUUGUUCCUUGCAUUAUGCAGACUUUUUUGUAUCUAGCUUUUGCUCAUGCAGAGUGCCUGAUUUUGGUCGUGAUGUCCUACGAUAGGUUUGUGGCGAUCUGCAAUCCCCUACAUUACACUGUCAUCAUGAGCUGGAGAGUGUGCACAGUCCUGGCCAUCACUUCCUGGGUGUUUAGCUUCCUCCUGGCCCUCAUCCAUUUAAUUCUCAUCCUGAGGCUGCCCUUCUGUGGACCUCAUGAAAUCAAUCACUUCUUCUGCGAAAUCCUAUCUGUCCUCAAGCUGGCCUGCGCUGACACCUGGCUCAACCAAGUUGUCAUUUUUGCAGCCUGUGUAUUUAUCUUACUAGGGCCCCUCUGCCUGGUGCUGGUGUCCUACACGCGCAUCCUGUUCACCAUCCUGAGGAUCCAGUCUGGGGAGGGCCGCAGAAAGGCCUUCUCCACCUGCUCCUCCCACCUCUGCGUGGUGGGGCUCUUCUUUGGAAGCGCCAUUGUCAUGUAUAUGACCCCCAAAUCCCGCCACCCCGAGGAGCAACAGAAGAUCCUCUCCUUGUUUUACAGCCUUUUCAACCCUAUGCUGAACCCACUGAUCUACAGCCUGAGGAACACAGAGGUCAAGGGUGCCCUGAGGAGAACGCUGUACAAACAGAGGCACGUAUGAAGGAUACCAAAAACCAACAUGGGGAAAGGCAUUUUGCUCCCAAUGAAAUCUGGCAGGUGGCAUUUUCACCUUGUGCUAU